UCUUGUUAUCAAUUACAAAGAUUUGCAUACAAUGGAUUGCAGAAUUGUUGAGAGCGCAGAAACUCGCAGGAACAAGUGUGCAGCAUGCUUCAGGCAGUUCAACAGAAUAGAGCACCUUGUGGAGCACAUGAGGAUCUCAUACCAUUCUGUUCAUGAACCAGUCUGUGGCAUUUGCAGGAAACACUGCAGGUCAUUUGAGUCUCUCAGGGAGCAUCUUAUAGGUCCAUUGCCAAAACAGGAGUGCAGAGACAUCUUUGCCAACCGAGGGUGCAAGUUUUGCUUGAAAAUCCUUGACAGCCCUAACUCUCGCAGGAUCCACCAAGAAAAAUGCCAACUCUCUGGAAUAAAUGGAAUAAUUGGUCGCUUCUCAAACUUGGGUGUUCGUGACAAUUUGACAAUUGGUGGUGGAACAAGGGGACCACAAGUAGUUGCACUUGCCUGUAAAAUGGUUGGAGGUGGCAGUGAUGGCUCACUGGAUCUUUGUGCAAGAGUCUGCUUAAUUGAUGAGAGGGAGAACAUCAUCUUCCACUCUUACGUCAAGCCACUCCUUCCUAUUACAAACUAUAGGUAUGAGACAACUGGCAUUAGACCAGAAUCCUUGAGGGAUGCAAUGCCUCUGAGACAGGUUCAGAGGAAGAUCCAAGACUUCGUUUGCAAUGGGGAACCAAUAUGGACAAUUCGAGCAAGAGGUGGAAAAGCUAGGACUCUUGUGGGUCAUGGUUUAGAUCAUGACCUUGCAUGCUUGCAAAUUGAAUAUCGAGGAGAAAAAAUAAGGGACACUGCGAAAUACCCUCCACUGAUGAAAACAAGCAAGCUUAGCAACUCACUCAAGUACUUAACACAAGCAUAUCUAGGGUAUGACAUUCAAAGUGGGAUACAAGAUCCUUAUGAAGAUUGUGUUGCAACAAUGAGGCUGUACAUGAGAAUGAGAUCCCAAGUGCACAAAAUGGAGGAUAACCCUUUGGCAACUGACCCACAGAACAGGAAUAAUUUUGCUUCAUGGAGGCAAAGUGAACUUGAAAGAAUGAGUCCAGAACAAAUGAUGGAAAUCUCAAGGUCUGACUACUACUGCUGGUGCUUGGAUUCCUAA